GUCUCCCCAAAGUUGUUCUUCAACUUUUUCGCCCUCCUCUCUCCCGAUCUACUCUGCUCGAGUGAAUGUCCACAGCCACGCGCUCUUUCAGCCUCCACGCGACCCACGCAGAAACAAAUCCCUCGUCCGUUCUUCGCUCUUGAUCGCCUCGCCCAUUGACUGUGCUAGCUGCUAUUGCACAGUCACGCCGUCAUUACCCCUCGUUUCCUCUACACUACUUUAUGCAACUAGACCUUCCCAACACCACCACACGGCCUCAACCACGAACCCCCUCCCAGUCUUCUCAAUCCUCCCAUCAAUAUGGCCUCCAGCGCUGUCAUGCGAGUCGUUCGCCCCGCGGCUCUCAGCCAGAGCGACAUCGCGACAUGUCGUCCUCGUCCCGCUCUGUCAGCGAUGCCAGCGACACCACCUCGCCCAGCGCCUUUGGGGAGGGUGUCCACGCCGAUUACCUCGAAGAACAACUGCUUCGACUGAAUCUUCGCCACUCGUCGUCUUCCGAACGACCUCCACUCGCUGGCCACCGCAUUGCCGAGUAUGAGAAUGCAUUGACACCCUCUAUCCCUAGACAAGCUCUGGGCUUUAAGGUCAUCAAACGCGCUGAUAACGAGCCAGCCCGUGUCAACAUCGACGACUUCCCAAACGAAAUCUUGACCCAUAUACUCUCGCAUUUACAUCCCGACUCGCACGCCUCUGUGGCCUUGGUGUCUAAGCGGUUUUACUCCUUGAUUACUAGCCCUCAUGCAUGGCGCAUGGCUUUUCAGCGCUUCUUCCCUGCCCAAGAUGCUUUGAUCAUACCAAACCAACCACAAGGUGUAGCAUGGGGCGAAGAUGACGAUGAUAUGGUCCGGUCUAACGUUCGUGCUUUUGUCCGCUUAACUCCGCAUGCCUCUUGGCGCACCGAAUACCUUCUGAGGACCCGUCUCCUCCGUAGUCUUGCUAGAGGCAAGCCCGGAGCAAACUCAGGUGGCAUCGGUAUGUCCGCGCGUUCUGGUCAGUCCGGCAAAAAGGCUACCGCAGUCUUGACCUACAACACCAAGCUACCUUCUGUCGUCACUCAUCUCCAUGCCACGUUCACCAAUGGAAAAAAGCCACCGAGGGUUAUUCAUGGCGCUACCGACCUGGGUAUUGCCAGCACAAGCGAUCCCUCAGUCGGAAAGGUCGAGAAAUGGGGCCUAGAUGAUCCCCUGGCCUUUGCUCAGCUAGAUGAGGUAAUGCCGCAACUCAUUCCCUACGGCAUGGGAGAGGGACCUGCAGCCAUGCCUAACGUCAUGGAUGUAAGUCAACCUUAUGGUCUAGUUGGCGGCGAAGGGCUUCCCGGUGGGCGUGUCUUCUUCAGUGCAUCCGGAGAGUAUCGAGGAAAAUAUCUUGGUCCAGAUUCUAGCCUAAUUGAGGCAUAUCCCGAUAUCCCUAAGAUUCCCGAGCUAUCUGAGGGCAUUUGCUCCGUAUGGAUUGCUAAGUCUUCCUCGGUACCCACCGUUACCAAGUCCAUGGUUGGUAUUAUGACUGGGUCUUCCUUGGGAGUCGUGACUACAUAUGCCCUCGGCUAUGAUCCCUCCGGCCCACGAUACACCCCUGGUGAAAUAAGCGCGCGUUGGGUGUUGAGCCCUGGCGUACCUAUCAUCUCACUCAAGGUUGACGAUAGUUAUAGCCAGAAAAGAAAGGCUCUGAACCGUGUUUGUGCAGUGGCACUCAAUGCCUUAGGCGAGAUCUACUACUUGACCCUGCCUCCAACUCCUCCCCCUAGCAAGACGAAAGCCGACGAUAGUACCAAGCUCGCUUGGCACACUGGUCGCACAACCUAUUGGCACCUUGUAGAAGCUACUAGGCGAGAAGCACGUCCUGACGAGUCCGGAAGAAAUGCGAUCCGAGGUAGCUAUUCUCCGAGAUCCCCUUCUAACGCGAUGGGCUUGACGCGGGAUCAAACGAUUGCUGAGGCGCGAGAAAUUGAAAAAUUUCUUCGCUACAAGCCCGCGCAUUUCCGAAAGGUUUGCUAUGGCUGGGAUAUGCGUAGAAAGCUAGAGGUCGACUUUGCUAGUGACGACGAACUAGGUGCAGGGGAAAGCGUCUUCAUCGUCGGCUGUGCAGUGAAUGAAGACGAAUCAUGGUCCCUGACACGCUUUACACGAAGUAUUGCAAGCCAAGCCCCAAUAAAUCCACAAGGCACCGAGUACUUAUCGGACACAGCGCCGAAACGUUCUAUAUUUGGUGAUAGCGGUGUUGGUACUACCUCGCCCAAUUCCCCUAGUUCUUUACCUGUGCAAGCCUCGUCUUCUGGCCAGCGUCCGCCAUUUUCGAUUUCUGCCUCGAAAACUCUUGACGACUGGUUCAAGACUAUCUUCUCCUCGAAAGAGAUAAGCAAUAGUACGGUCAAUGCAAGCGCCAUUGAUAUGUCAUUAAUGGCACUGACCACAUCAUCCGAGGAUCCUUUGAAGGCAAUAUCUAUCCCCUCUUCUAGUAGCCCGGCGACUCCAUCUGGACAAUCUCCUUCAGAUAUCCCCGGCCGGAGAGCAAGGCUGAUUGGUUUGGGCACCAACACAGGGAAAGUAGUAUUGUGGAAUAUGAGAGCGGGACAUACAGGCGAUGGCAUAUUCCCAGUCCGUGUUAUCGAAACAGAAUCACCCGAAGUUACCUGCUUGGCUCUGUCAGCUCUCUACUUGGUUCACGGCGGUAGUGAUGGACUGGUUCAGGCAUGGGAUCCUUUGGCUUCCACAAUGGAUCCAAUUCGCACACUAAACUCUCGUUCACCAGGUCGCAUGCCCCGACACCACGCUCUAAAUGCAACUUUGGGUGAUGCAAACUACACCGCCAUUGGUGCCAUCUAUCUGGACCCCGAUCCAACUGUGCUUCACGGGAUCGUAGCAUUUGGUACCUUUGUGCGUUAUUGGGCUUAUAGCUCUUCCAACCAUGGUACUGGUCGCAAACGGAAAUUACGGCAUUCUGAUGUCAAUGGCCGCCUGAUUGGACGACGUCACGGUGGGGGUGUCAAAGGUUACAUCGCUGCCGAGGCUGAGGAACUUCGCGAUGAGCAGCGUCACAAGGCUCGGGAACAGGCUCGCCUUCGAUCUCGUUUCGGGGUGGGGAUGAAUAACCUGAGCGAAGAAGAAGCUCUUCAAUACGCGGAGAUGAUAUCUCAAGAAUCUUUUCUGCUCGACGAACAACGGCGAAUAAGCGUUAGCGACACUGGCUCAGCUGCAGACCUUGACACAACAUCAACAUCGGAGAGUAUGAACACCAUUACCCCCGACCCUAGCGUUGCGGAUACGACUCCACCUACUGGGAACACUAGCACUGUCGUUGAGGCUAUGAGCGAGAGUGAAUACGAACUUCAGAUUCAAACUGCUAUCCGACUGUCCCUUUUAGAAGGUGUGAAUGACCUCGGCCGCUCUCCAAAAGGCUAUGAUUCGGGCGAACUUGAUGUUCCCAUCAUCUUCAAAGAGAAGAAAACCAAGCGUUCAUCCUCUAGUUCACCCUCAUCGAGCCGCACAUCUAUGGUGAAACAGGCUGGGUCAUCAUCAAGGGUGAUGGCUAUGCCGACAGUUGCCGAUGAUGACUUGGAACUUGCCUUGCAGCUAAGCCUGGCCGAGGAAGAGAGCCGAAAGGAGAUGGCUGUUUUGGAGACCAGCGAAGAGGAGUUUCCUCCACUUGGUGGAGAUGGAUGGGGAAAGGGGAAAGGAAAGGCAAUAUAAGUCUUAAUAUGGAGAAAGGAGAAGCUUGUGCUUAUUAAUUUCACUUCGUGUUCUGUUUGUUUGAUUCUAACCUUAGGGCAUAAUGGUCAUAUCUGACACUUGAAAAUACAAUUCACAGCAUUUUAAAGAAAAAUAAUCUACCUUCUUAAGACAACAAGUUAACUAUAAUUGAUUAACGUUCUCCACUUGCAUUUAACUAUAUCUACUUUGAUUGUAAUAUGAUAUAUGGACGAUUGGUAUAGAUAUAUGAAAGCUUUCUUCAGCUGUUCAUAUAACUUUAAGCUAUGAGAGAUAUAGUUAAUUAUACAACCUGCGGAACCAAUAAUAAGGUCUGGUGGUCUAG